AGAAAGAGAGAGAGAGAGAGAGAGAGAGAGCAAGGCGGACCGAUGGAGAACGCACGAGGGUGGCGGUGGCGAGAUACGCGCCUGCGCUGGAAGCUGCUCCGUCCGGGAGAAAGGAGCUUGCGCGCGCGUUUCCCCAUCGAUCUGGACAGAGCAUGCACGAUACGCACAUACACACACACACACACACACACAUACACACAAGCGCGAACAUAGCUCGGCAGCUAUGUAGAGGUAGAGCCCACAGCAAGCAGUGACUCUGAUAGCAACUACGUCAAGUCCAAGUUUGCGGCUGAGCCUCCGCGAGCGCGGAUCUCGCAGUCGUUCGUAGCACCGUCUCGCUGCGCAGCAUCUCGUCCACAGCCCGCCAGCAGCAUGGCCAAGCAACUGGAGAGCGUGGCGGCUCUGGCCUGCAUGACGGUCCUGCUCAUGCUCUUCAAUUUCGUGUUCUUGUGCACGGGUCUGGUGAUGCUGGGCGGGGGCAUUUAUAUGAAGCUCCAGCUGCAGAAUUACGCGGACCUGGGCAUGGAGAACAGUGACGCAGCGCUGCUGGCGACCGCCUGCCUCGGCGCCCUGGUCGCGCUGGUGGGCCUGCUGGCCUGCUGCUGCAUCGUCCGACAGCAUCCAUCGCUCCUCUACGUCUACGGCGGUUUCCUGGCGGUGAUCGCGCUGCUGGAGUUGGCCGCGGGGGCUGCGGUCUACACCUACCGCGACGCCCUGACCAAGAGCUUCGACAAGGGUCUGAACGAGAGCAUGCUGGUGUACGGCAAGGUGGACGUGCACGGCCACAAAGACCCCAAGACUCGCCACAUCGACCUGAUGCAGGCCAACUUGCAAUGCUGCGGCAACCGGGACUACAAGGACUGGCAGAAGCUCAGCCCGCCCAAGUACGUGCCGGAGUCGUGCUGCAAAGUGGCCUACGGCGAGUGCCAGCACCAGAGCCAGAUCGAGUUGGACGACAUCUACACGCAGGGCUGCUACAACCGCGUGGUGGACUUCGUCAAGGGCAACGUGGGCCUGGUGGCGGGCUCGGCGCUGGGGGUGGCGGUGUUCCCGAUGCUGGGUGUCGUUCUGGCCUGCUGCCUGGCGAGCUACAUCAACAAGGUCAAUUACGAGCAGAUGGCUUAGACAUGACGCGCCUGCGAGAGAAGAUUGUGUGCACAAGCGAAGCAGAACAAGAUCCGCAGCGAUCAUUGCCGUCUGCUGUACCGGCCGGCGAACGCCUACUACGAGGGCCAGCUGCUGCCGCGGCAGUUCCGUAGGUCCACCUCCGCGACUGCCCCGCCGGCCUGUUGCUUAAACCCCUCGUCGCAGCGCAUCGAGUACGUGCUGGACACGAGGCGCCUGCCGCCGCUUAGAUCCGCCAACACCUAUCACGCAUCAUCCGACAUUCCAUCCCAUGCCAGUUACUAAUCAGUCGAUCAACUCAACACGCCGAUAACAAUGAUAACGGUGAUCGAGUCAACGGCCCAUCGGUCGUUAUUCUCUCUCUCUCUCUCUCUCUCUCUCUUUCUCUCUCUCAUUUGUUUUCGCGUCCAAUCGCAUUUCAUUGUUCGGUUCUUCUCUUCAUCAAAUGCAAGUCCCACUAUCAUUGAUCAUCCUCACGCAGAACCCCCAAUCGCCCAUAUAGAUGAAUACAUCAAAUGAAAGUAUCGUGAUCAUCUUCGCAAUUCGGGGUGUCAUCAAUGUGCUCCUAUUGCCCACGAUAACCCCAAUUGUGCAACUGCGUAUGUAUCAGUAUGUCUAAUUGUUAUCAGUUACCACCACCAUUCUUACAUCACUUGUACGCGAGCAACAACAUAUGAGGAAUCGAUACCGGACGGUUAUCUGGGCUAUAGGCAUGCUCGUGCACUAUAUUUUCUGUCGUGAGCUCUCGGAUGGAAAUCGCCAAGAAAAGUCUGAUAAAUAAUUACGACAAAUUAUUAAAGGCCAAAUGAAAUCUAUCAUGUAAUCCAACGUACACAUAAUACACACAAAUACAAGUUAAAUUAUAUCAACGUGUAACGACGGGAAUAGAUGUCCUUACUUAGCGCGACUCCUUUAAUUAUAAACGUAAGUAAAUGAAAAAAAAAAUGAUAAAGAAAAAAAGAGUCAAUGUCGAUGUCGGUGUCUCUGGACUAAUUAUAAUGUAAACAAGACAACUCUCGUGAAUUCGCGUCAACAAUCAUCGUAAUCAGUCAUCCUCGCAAUUCAUCGGCUUUUCUUAGCGAACUUGCAGAUAUUAUGAUCACAGAAAUUAGGUCCAGUUUGUCUGAUAUUUCGUUCUGUAAAAAUAGUAAAAGCCCUGGUAAAAAUUCGUGCCUAAACUCGACGAUGAGACCUCGUUUAAUGACUUUUUCCGCUCGCUCACGCGCCUUUUUCAGAUUUAUUUACGUUAACGAAAGUACAAUUGAAAAAUAACAGAAGCAAACAAUCCCGAUUUCAAAACAAGAGAAAAAUCAAACGAAGAACGGCCAUGAUGUGGUCGAUGACGGAUGAAAAGAAAAAUUAGUUUUCUUUAUUGCCGUAAACAGCUUUUACUGCAAGCGAUACACGAGUGAGUGCAAUAAUUUAUACCGAAUUUCUACUCGACUUUACUCUCUCAUCAUUUUAAUGGGAAAAUAUUUUUACCAGGGCCAUUUGUAGAGACAUAUAUUUAGAGUUAAUCUACUUUUUACGAAAAGAAAUAAUAAAAACAAAAGAUAUAUCGAAGAAAAUAUCUAAAUAAAUAGAGAUAUUAUUAUUUAUAUUUUUGAUGAGCAUGGUUCCAGGAUCUUCCAAAAACCAAUGCAAGGUGCUGCAUUCCCUUCAGCGCAUACUCGUUCUGCGUGCUGAAGUUCCAAUAGCUAUAGAUACACGUACAUUUCGAAUCAUUAUCUCAUCGUCGCGAAUUAACUUAUUGUUACAUUGCAAAAGAUAAUAUUAAAACAGUUACCGAGAUAAUUAUUUAUACUUUCCGUCUUACAAGUAAUACUUCAAAGUUGUUAAAACUUACUCUAUGUAUUUUUAAAGUCGACAAGUCCGUACGUUGUUAGCCUACUAUUUUAAAGUGAAGAGUCAGAAGCAUUUAUUGUGAAAAAAUUGAUGUAAUAUUUC